UAUCCCCGUGGACCGGCCGCUCCCGCUGCUCUCCUGACACUCCAGUCGCCAGAGGCAUCAUGGGCUUCGGGAAAUCCUCCCCCUUCCUGGCUUUCAGCAUCUUGGUCCUGUGCCAAGCAGGCAGUCUCCAGGCGACACCACUCAGGUCUGCUUUGGAGACCCUCCCAGAUCCUGGGCCACUCAGUGAGAAGGAAGGUCGCCUCCUGCUGGCUGCACUGGUGAAAGCCUAUGUCCAGAGGAAGACCAAUGAAUUGGAGCAAGAGCAGGAGCAGGAGACAGAGGGCUCCAGCAUCACUGCCCAGAAGAGGUCCUGCAACACUGCUACCUGUGUGACCCAUCGGCUGGCAGGCUUGCUGAGCAGAUCUGGGGGUAUGGUGAAGAGCAACUUUGUGCCCACCGAUGUGGGCUCUGAAGCAUUUGGCCGACGCCGCAGGGAGCUUCAGGAGCAGUGAAAUGACUCCAGGAAGAAGGUUACCAUGAAGCUGAACUCACCACUUCAAUUAAUUUCUGCUGACAACAACUUGGUGAGAAGGCCCCAUGGAAGAUAUAACAUGUUUGCAUCCUAAUAGAUAUUGAAAAAAGCACCUUUGUCACUUGGAAGGAAUGAAACUGAAUGCAAAAUAAGCUAAUUCCAUAUUUGUUGUGCAUCUUUUUUAUAUUUGAUUCUAUGUGCAGUAAAUGCGAUGGCAUCUCUCAUUAGCUUCUCUGGUAGCAAAUUGGUUCUUUGAAAGCUGUCCUGUUGAUCAUGGCAGCUCUGCCAAAUUUUAACAUUAAAUCACUGCCUCUGUGGCCUCUGGGGACACAUGUAAUGGUGAUGCUGUGCUUUGUCUAAGAACAUGAUUGUAUAAUUUGUUUAAGGAAAUGUUAAUAUUGUGCCAUUUGUGAACUUCAUUAAGAUUAAAAACAUAUUUUGGGUACACU